UGACCGUGCUGCGGCUAACUGACGGAUCGCGUCUGUCAGUCGGUCGAUGCUGCGUUUGCCGCUGAGCAGAAAUAAACGGACGAAAAGAUUCGGAAAUUGACACCCGCCAAGAGGAUUAAACUCUCCCGUUGAACAUAACCCGUCCACGGGAACAAACCGGCGCCAGGUCCUUCUCACAGAGUGUUUCUAAGGACAGCAGCGAUGUCGGGCUCUUACGAUGAAUCCAUGAUCGACGUCUCCAGUGAUAGUUUUUGGGAGGUCGGCAACUACAAACGAUCAGUGAAACGGGUGGACGAUGGCAGUCGGCUCUGCACUGAUCUGAUGAGCUGUCUUCAUGAGCGAGCGCGUAUUGAAAAGUCCUACGCCCAGCAGCUGACCGAGUGGGGAAAGCGUUGGCGGCAACUCAUAGAAAAGGGCCCUCAGUACGGCACGUUGGAGCGGGCGUGGUCAGCUCUGUGCACGGAGGCGGAGAAGGUGAGCGAGCUCCACAUGGAGGUGAAAUCGGCCCUGAUGGGAGAAGACUACGAGAAGCUGAAGAACUGGCAGAGAGACUCGUACCACAAACAGAUGAUCGGCGGCUACAAAGAGACCAAAGAGGCCGAGGACGGCUUCCGCAAGGCCCAGAAACCCUGGGCAAAGAAACUCAAAGAGAUGGAGACAAUGAAGAAGUCUUACCACUCUGCCUGUAAAGAAGAGAAGCUGGCAGCCAGCAGGGAGGCCAACAGCAAACUGGAGAGCAACAACAACCCCGAAGCCCAAAAGAAGCUCCAGGAAAAGGUGGAGAAGUGUCAGCAGGAGGUGCAGAAGACUAAAGAACGCUAUCAGAAAUCACUGGAGGAACUCGACAAGUUGACCCCUCAGUACAUGGAGAACAUGGAGCAGGUGUUUGAACAGUGGCAGCAGUUUGAAGACACACGAAUCUGCUUCUUCAGAGAGCUGCUGCUGGAGGUUAAACAGCACCUGGAUCUCUCAACCAAUCACAGAUUCCAGACAAUCUACCAGACGCUGGAGGACACGGUCUCUGCUGCCGACGCUGAGGACGACCUGAAGUGGUUCCGGUCCAAUCACGGGCCUGGCAUGCCGAUGAACUGGCCCCAGUUUGAGAAUGUGGACUGCUCCCAUCCUCGCUCCUUUAGAAGAAGGUCCAUUGUAGACUGGUCCAUAGACCUGAACCGAACCCUCAGCAAGCGAGAAAAGAAAAAGCCAUCCGACGGCGUCACACUGACGGGCAUCAGUCAAAGUGGGUCAGACCAGCCUGUUCAGCCUGUCAAGACCAGCAGCAGCCUGACUGUGCCCACUAACACGGCGCCAGUGGGCUCAAACCCCUUUGACGAUGGAGGAGAAGAAGAAGAAGAGGAGGAGGAGGAGGAGCGGCAGCAACAGGAGGAGGAGAAGACGGCCGUGGAGAAGCCGACCACAGUCAACCACAUCAGUGUGAAUAAAGAGGAAAUAAAAACUGCGAGCAGCGUGGAGAAGACUACCGAAUGGUCCGACGAAGACACGGGCGGUAACCCGUUCUCCUCCAACGGCGACGGUAAUCCGUUCGAAGACGAGCCGGCUUCUCCGGGCGUAUCUGUGGCUGUCAGAGCGCUCUAUGACUACGAUGGGCAGGAGCAGGACGAGCUGACCUUCAAAGCGGGGGAGGAAUUUACCAAAGUCGGAGAAGAAGACGAUCAGGGUUGGUGCAAAGGCCGGCUUAAGAGUGGACAAACGGGCCUCUACCCUGCUAACUACGUGGAAGACAUCCAGUAAUACAUGUAUCACGAAAGAAUAAAUGUGAAGAAAGAGAAGAGUGGUCUGUUAGGAAUCGACAGUGCGUCUGGAAACCGGGACUCUUCUGCCUUAUUUUGAACCCUUUUGUCUCCCUGUCGGUGAAGACGGGACUGUUGUCGGAGAGAAGCGGCAGAUUAUUAAAGGACCACUUGAGAUGUUGCUUUUCACAGAUCGACAGGCUUCAGAUGGAAGUCUGCAACAAGCGUCCACACGAUUCCAGGCCGAGAAGAUCACACAACUAUUGCUGUCACUGUAAGAUCUCUUGUGUUACUUAGAAUCCCAUUUACGCUGUUACAAAAAUAAUAGCCUUUCAAGUGUAUAUUAGAUAAAAAUAAAUGUAUGCGUGAAUAUGCAUUUAUAUAUAUUGUGUAAACAAAACACUGGGACGGCACUCUGACAAAUCGUCUUGCGAUGUUACAUGCAGCCUUAAUAUGCGAGCCACUCUGGAUUGUUUAAGGGAGAGGACCCUUUUUAUAACAUAAUUAUCUAUUCUAGGUUUGAACCCAUUUCCGCCAGCUAGAAUCCAGUCCAUAACUGUUAACUCGUUUGUGAUUUUCUUUCUUUGACAAAGUAGGCCCAUUUGAGACUAGAGUGACAGGUUUAACCUGAUUUUUAAAAUGUGUGCUCAAAUUGUUCAUUCCUUUUUGGGUUCAGUAUUUUCCAUUCAGUUCAUUAGCUGUUCUAGUCAUAAGGAAUAAUCAAAUUAAUUGGAGAUUAAUGAUUGAUGUUUUUAUUGAGUUCACAGUGGUUUGGUUCCUGUAGUCAUUGCAAUUGAAUGUACAUUCACUGAUUGUAUUUUGCCAAUUUUAAUUGUUCAGUUCUGCAGAUGUUAGUUUUUUUUCUUGUACUGAUCCAUUAACCCCCUGAACAAACCCUUCUGAAGCCACACACGCACACACACACACACACACACACACCUCAUCCAACAAUGACAGUUUUUCACAAACGUUUAUCUCACUUGAAUCUCCAUGUUGUAAUUUAUCUCACUUCAGGCUAAACUUAUAAGCUAUCAGAGUAUUGUAGUGUUUUGGGGGGGCGGUGGGGGGAGUAUAUUACAAUUUAUUGCAAUAAACCACAGCAGAGUACGGUAUUACAUACUCGCAUGUAAAUAGCCUGGAUGAAUAAUAUUAGAACAAAUUAAGCAUUGAUAUCAGACGAUAUGUAGUUUGAAAUUGAUUGUUAAUUUAUGAUGCCGCAAGUGCUUUUGUUCUACUCUUGUUAAAAUUCUGUGACUGAGAAUCAGUUUGUAUGGAAAUUAUAUUUUAUGGCAAAUAUCCCUUUAAUCUGUAACUAUGCUAUAUUUGUAAAUAGAAUUAUUUUUCCUGUCACAGAGGGACAUAUAAAUUGAAUUUAUCAGCAAGUAUGUGAAUAAUUGUUAAUUUUCCCGUUCGUAGCUUCAAUAAGAAUGGAUCUACCUGAUUUAAUUACCGGAUUACCUACAUAUGUUUUAAUCAUCAAGUAUUUUAUUUAGGCUUGUGUUUUUGCAGAGAUGAACUGCAGGCUUUUCAUUUGUAGACUCCAAAUUAUUUUCCCAGUGCAUUGAGAAAGUCAUUGAAAGAAUGCUAUUUGAUUCCUUUAACUGCAGCACAAGAGGAAGACGAAUUAUUAUUAAUGUUCAGAAGGAAGACAUUUGCUAUGUUUUCAGGCAUGCUGACGUCAAAACGCAGCGGCAGCUGUACUUGCACAGUGAGGUUUGUAAAUGUUGUCCCGCAACAUAAUAAAUGAAUUUAUUGGAAAAAAAUA